AAUUGCGUCACACCAUCCAUACCGCGCCCCCGACCACCUUUCGGAUCAAGCAUAAAUUCUCUUUUACGGCGUCACCAUUUAAACCCAUGGACCGUGACUGGUUCUCUCCAUUUAAAAAAAAAAAAUUCAACAGGUAAUAAGGAUGUAACUAUAGGACCUAUACUUUUUUUCCUUUCCCACUAUACUGUAUCUGAGGGAGAAUGGCUGAAGACAAACAUCACGGACAGGGCAUAUUAUCUUACAUGGAAGUCUCAUGACUGUCACCACGGGUGCGUUCAAGACAAAGUUGAUUUCCAGUGUGUAAAUGGAGAGUUGAGGUAUAUUAAGCAAUUGUAGCCUACAUUUGCAUGCAUCUUUAUUAGUGUAGAUGAGCUGUCCCUAACUUUGACAAUUUGUCUGGAAUUCAAUGAAACACUGCAAGAACGAAAUAUUGCACACAAGUAUGUUACUGUGGCAACAGCAAUUACUUCAUAACACAUGUAUUUGGUAGAACAAUGUGAAUGAAUUUGGUUUGGAUUUGCAUGGAUUUGGGUGUAAACUUAUAACAGCAUGUCGGGUUUUGAGAUUGGCUUCAACACAAAUGAGGGAAUCAAGGGAAAAAAACGGCAAUGAAGUCAACUGUAUGGGCAUGGGGAGUUAUUUUACCUGGACAAAGGUCAGCUUUAUGAGGGCUUCUGGGUGGACCGAGUGGCCAAAUGUGGAACAGUGUCGGACUUUGGAAGAGAAGAGGCAACAACAACCACAAUAUACACAACUCCUAAGCGCUCCAUCUGCCGGACAAUGUACGACGAAAAUGAGGACUUCUCUGACGUUGAAGAAAUUGCAAAUGUCAGGGGUUUUAAUCUGGAGGAGAAACUUGUUAGCAAUUCGUACAACAGACAUUUCGUUCAGUUGAUGGACGGCAAAGAUUUCACUUAUGAGUAUGUUCAAAGAGAAGCACUUCAGACCCCUCUUAUUUUCAAAGCCAAAGAUGGACUGGGGCUCAGAAUGCCAGACCCGGAGUUCACCGUCAGUGAGAUUAAGGGUUUGGUUGGUAGCCGUCGUGCCGUUGAUGUGAUGGACGUGAGCACUCAGAAAGGCUCUGAGAUGAGCAUGGCCCAGUUUGCCCGCUACUAUGAGACGCCUGAGGAGGAGCGGGACAAACUCUUUAAUGUUAUCAGCCUGGAGUUCAGCCACACCAAACUGGAGAACCUCGUCAAGAGGCCCACUGUGGUGGAUCUAGUGGAUUGGGUGGACAACAUGUGGCCCCUUAAACUGAAACAAAGACAAACUGAAGCCACUAAUGUCAUCUCAGAGAUGAAGUACCCCAAAGUACAGAAGUACUGUUUGAUGAGCGUGAAGGGCUGCUAUACUGACUUCCACAUUGAUUUCGGGGGCACGUCUGUGUGGUAUCACGUGUUCAAGGGAGGAAAGGUGUUCUGGCUGGUGCCUCCGACACCUCAUAACCUUGCCCUGUAUGAGGACUGGGUUCUGUCAGGCAAGCAGAGUGACGUCUUCCUGGGAGAUCGUGCAGAUGGCUGCCAGAGAGUUGAGCUAAAACAGGGCUACACCUUCUUCAUCCCCUCCGGCUGGAUUCAUGCAGUCUACACCCCCGAGGACACACUGGUGUUCGGAGGCAACAUUCUGCACAGCUUUAACAUUCCCAUGCAACUCUCAAUCUAUGAGAUAGAGAACAGGACUAAGGUUCAUUCCAAGUUCCGCUACCCGUUCUACAAUGAGAUGUGCUGGUAUGUCCUGGAGAGGUACGUGCACUGCCUGACCAAGCGCUCCCAUCUCGCUCCGGAGUUUCACAGAGAUCCUCUGCUAAUCGAUUUGGAGACGAAGUUGAGCACUGAGAGCCCCUCCUCUGACUCGCGGAGUCAGGACAUGGACGAGGAGGACUCCUGCGAGACGCAGCAGGAACGAGAUGAACGGAGUGACAGGUCAGCAUUUGAUGACCCCUGCUCUCCUGAUAACAGGAAGGGUAAACCCAGCGCCCCUCAGCCUCUUAAAGCUGCCUUUGAUGAUAGCUGCAACCCCACCUCCAUCCAGCCUCCAGAGUUCCCCAAAACCCCCUCUGGUUCGCCAGGCUCAGAGUCUCAGAGUAAAUGGACUCAUUUGACUGAGUUUGAACUGAAGGGCCUUAAGGCCCUGGUGGAGAAGCUGGAAGCACUCCCCGAAAAUAAGAAAUGUGUCCCAAAUGGUAUGGAGGACCCCCAGGCCCUGCUGGAUGACAUGAAGGUUGUCUUGAAGGAACAUGAAGACGAUGAUCCCAAAAUGGCUGCCACUGGUGUACCUGUGGUGUGCUGGCCCAAGAAGUCUUCCAAGCAGCAGAGACCUCCCAACAGGCCCAAACCCAAAAUGGCGGCCUCGUCUCCUGCGCCUGCGGUCAAGCUGUCGGCCAGCCGGAGCACUUCUGGGGCCCGGAGAAGGAGGACGCGAUGUCGGAAGUGUGAGGCGUGCCUGAGGACAGAGUGUGGAGAAUGCCACUUCUGUAAAGACAUGAAGAAGUUUGGAGGGCCGGGUCGCAUGAAACAGUCCUGCAUCAUGAGGCAGUGUAUCGCGCCUGUCCUACCCCACACUGCGGUGUGUCUGGUGUGUGGGGAGGCAGGGAAGGAGGACACGGUGGAGGAAGAGGAGGACAAAUUUAACCUCAUGCUCAUGGAGUGCUCCAUCUGCAAUGAGAUAGUCCAUCCCCUCUGCCUAAAGGUGAAGAAUUCUGGUGGAGUUGUAAAUGAAGAGUUGCCAAACUGCUGGGAGUGUCCAAAAUGCAACCAUGCAGGGAAAACCGGGAAACAAAAAAGAGGACCAGGAUUCAAGUACGCGUCCAACCUUCCCGGGUCGCUGCUGAAGGACUCGCGAUUGAACCGUGACGUUAAGGAAGAGUCCGACCUGCCCAGUGUGCCAAUAUCACCCACUGCAGUGAAGAGGAAGGCAGAGCGUGAUGACACCCCCAAGAGGAAAGCAGAGGAAUAUCCUCCUCUGAAGAAACGUUCUCCCAUGUUGUCUCUGGGCGGGCUACCUCAUCCCCGACCCAGGCCUGAGGACAACCCUCUGAGGAAGAAGAGGAAGCUGUUCGACAUCAAAGAUGAGGACGAGCCUCCUGUUGUCAAGAAAAAGAAGAAGCCCCCAAAACCUGAUGACACCUUCACCUCCAAGCUCUUACGGCCCAUCAAGCAAGAGAAAGUUGAUGAGGACGAAGACCAUGAAGAUGACAGAUACACAGGGGACAGGGUUGCAGCUAAAGGGAAAAGGGAAGAGGAGGAAGAUAAGGAGGAUGAUGAGGAGGAAGAAGAGAAAGAUGGUGUAGAGGACAGUAAAGAUAGUAAAGUAAAGACUAUGCUGAGUCCACUGCUACGAACGUCUGCAGCCAGAGAGAGUGACCAGUCCUGCUCCAGCUCUCCCCGGGCAGGGCCCAGCAGUGAGGGGGGCGAUGCCCCAGACAAGACACUUGGCCAGCUGAAGGCACACCAGCGACGCCGCCUACCCAACAAAGAGCUGAGCAAGGAGCUGAGCAAAGAGCUCAACCUGGAGAUCCAGAAGACCGAGGACUGCUUGGCCAAUCAGAACCGCAGACCACUGAAGGGGGAGAACAGCCCAACCAAUAACAACCGUCGACCACUGAAGACUGAGGACUCCUCUAUCAAUCAGAACCGCAGACCACUAAAAACAGAGGACUCCCCCACCAAUCAUAACCGCAGGCCAAUUAAGACAGAGGAUGGCCUAUCCAAUCACAAUCGUCAACCAUUGAAGACAGAGGACUGCUUGGCCAAUCAGAACCACAGGCCAAUGAAGACAGAGCCUGAGAGUGACGGGGAGGAGCCUAAGCCUAAACGGCCACUCGACAACGGCAGCAGUGACCUCGGAGACUGGCUCCACCCCAGGGGGCGGGAGGUGAAUGGGACGCCCCGCCAGCUCUCGCCCCUGGGGUGGAACCGCAGCCCUCCGAUCACACCUAUUUGUCCACGCCCCCCUCCCUGCCACUCACCGCCCAAGUGUGUACAGAUGGAGCGUCACGUGAUCCGGCCGCCUCCCAUCAGCCCCCCACCAGACAGACUUCCCCUUGAUGACGGACAGGCCCACGUGAUGCGCAGGGAGGUGUGGAUGGUCGUGUUCAGCCACCUCGCACACAGAGACCUGUGUGUCUGCAUGCGUGUCUGCAAGACCUGGAACAGAUGGUGCUGUGAUAAGAGGCUGUGGACGCAGAUCGAUCUGAACCGCUGUAAGUCCAUCACUCCCCUCAUGCUGAGUGGCCUCAUCCGCAGACAGCCUGUGGCUCUGGACCUCAGCUGGACCAACAUCUCCAAGAAGCAGCUCAGCUGGCUCAUCAACAGACUGCCAGGUCUGCGGAUGCUGCUGCUCUCAGGCUGCUCCUGGGUGGCUGUGUCUGCCCUCUGCACCGCCAGCUGCCCGCUGCUGCGGACCCUGGACGUCCAGUGGGUAGAGGGUCUCAAAGACGCCCAGAUGAGGGAUCUGCUCUCACCCCCCACAGACAACAGACCAGGUCAGCUGGACAACAGGAGUAAGCUGCGAAAUGUGGUGGACCUGCGUCUGGCCGGGCUGGACAUCACGGACACCUCUCUGCGCCUCCUCAUCCGCUACAUGCCCCAGCUGACCAGACUGGACCUGAGCUACUGCAACCACGUCACUGACCAGUCAGUCAACAUUCUGACCGCUGCAGGGACCACCACCAGAGACUCGCUCACUGACAUUAAACUCUCCGUGUGCAACAGAGUCACGGACCAGUCCCUGACUUACUUCAAGCGCUGUGGAAGCAUCUGUCACAUUGACUUGCGAUACUGCAAGCAGGUGACCAAAGAGGGCUGCGAGCAAUUCAUUGCUGAGAUGUCAGUGAGUGUACAGUUUGAACUAGUAGAGGAGAAACUACUGCUGAAACUCAGCUAGUGGACAAACAGCAGGUUGACGAAGACUGUACAGUAUGCACUGGCUAGCUAGGAAACUCGUCAGAAUAAGGAACUGGCAAGGGUGAUGUUAUCACCAUGGAGACGGUGUUGUAUUUCACUCACCUCUGUGCAAAAAAACAACCCACAUUGGAAAUGGCAUAAGACAUUUUAAAAGUGACUGUUGCCCUGAUACUCAUUAAAUGGCUCUUGUGCUGCUGAAGCAAGAAUGUUUUCCAAAACAGGAUGUUCAAGACACCUGGCUGUACUGGAAAUUUGACAGAGCAUGUUUUUUUUUUUUCUUCCUUUGUCUUUGCUAAGAUAUUGAAGUAUUUUAUUUUUUCUUUCUGCAAGUGAACUCUAAACAUACAUACAUACAUACAUACAGUGGGGCAACAACUUCAACUAUGACAGACAAAAUGAGGGGAAAAAUCCAGAAAAUCUCAUUGUAGGAUUUUUAAUGAAUUUAUUUGUAAAUUAUGGUGGAAAAUAAGUAUUUGGUCAGCUACAAACAAGCAAGAUUUCUGGCUCUCACAGACCUGUAACUUCUUUAAGAGGCUCCUCUGUCCUCCACUCGUUACCUGUAUUAAUGGCACCUGUUUGAACUUGUUAUCAGUAUAAAAGACACCUGUCCACAACCUCAAACAGUCACACUCCAAACUCCACUAUGGCCAAGUCCAAAGAGCUGUCAAAGGACACCAGAAACAAAAUUGUAGACCUGCACCAGGCUGGGAAGACUGCAUCUGCAAUAGGUAAACAGCUUGGUUUUAAGAAAUCAACUGUGGGAGCAAUUAUUAGGAAAUGGAAGACAUACAGUACCACUGAUAAUCUCCCUCGAUCUGGGGCUCCACGCAAGAUCUCACCCCGUGGGGUCAAAAUGAUCACAAGAACGGUGAUCAAAAAUCCCAGAACCACACGGGGGGACCUAGUGAAUGACCUGCAGAGAGCUAGGACCAAAGUCACAAAGCCUACCAUCAGUAACACACUACGCCGCCAGGGACUCAAAUCCUGCAGUGCCAGACGUGUCCCCCUACUUAAGCCAGUACAUGUCCAGGCCCGUCUGAAGUUUGCUAGAGAGCAUUUGGAUGAUCCAGAAGAAUAUUGGGAGAAUGUCAGAUGGUCAGAUGAAACCAAAAUAGAACUUUUUGGUAAAAACUCAAAUCGUCGUGUUUGGAGGACAAAGAAUGCUGAGUUGCAUCCAAAGAACAUCAUACCUACUGUGAAGCAUGGGGGUGGAAACAUCAUGCUUUGGGGCUGUUUUUCUGCAAAGGGACCAGGAUGACUGAUCCGUAUAAAGGAAAGAAUGAAUGGGGCCAUGUAUUGUGAGAUUUUGAGUGAAAACCUCCUUCCACAACAAGGGCAUUAAAGAUGAAACGUGGCUGGGUCUUUCAGCAUGACAAUGAUCCCAAACACACCACCCAGGCAAUGAAGGAGUGGCUUCGUAAGAAGCAUUUCAAGGUCCUGGAGUGGCCUAGCCAGUCUCCAGAUCUCAACCCAUAGAAAAUCUUUGGAGGAAGUUGAAAGUCCGUGUUGCCCAGCAACAGCCCCAAAACAUCAUUGCUCUAGAGGAGAUCUGCAUGGAGGAAUGGACCAAAAUACCAGCAACAGUGUGUGAAAACCUUACAGAAAACGUUUGACCUCUGUCAUUGCCAACAAAGGGUAUAUAACAAAGUAUUGAGAUAAACUUUGACCAAAUACUUAUUUUCCACCAUAAUUUGCAAAUAAAUUCAUUAAAAAUCCUACAAUGUGAUUUUCUGGAUUUAUUUUCUCAUUUUGCCUGUCAUAGUUGAAGUGUACCUAUGAUGAAAAUUACAGGCCUCUCUCAUCUUUUUAAGUGGGAGAACUUGCACAAUUGGUGGCUGACAAUACUUUUUUGCCCCACUGUACGUACAUACAUACAUACAUACAUACAUACAUACAUACAAAUACAUUUAAACCUUUUUUCACAAUUCCUGACAUUUAAUCCUAGUACUAAUUCCAUGUUUUAGGUCAGUUAGGAUCGCCACUUUAUUGUAAGAAUGUGAAAUUUCAGAAUAAUAGUCGAGAGAAUGAUUUAUGUCAGCUUUUAUUUAUUUCAUCACCUUCCCAGUGGGUCAGAAGUUUACAUACACUCAAUUAGGAUUUGGUAGCUUUGCCUUUAAAUUGUUUAACUUGGGUCAAAUGUUUCGGGUAGCCGUCCACAAGCUUCCCACAAUAAGUUGGGUGAAUUUAGUCCUGUUCCUCCUGACAGAGCUGGUGUGACUGAGUCAGGUUUGUAGGCCUCCUUGCUCGCACACACUUUUUCAGUUCUGCCCACAAAUUGUUUAUGGGAUUGAGGUCAGGGCUUUGUGAUGGCCACUCCAAUACCUUGACUUUGUUGUCCUUAAGCCAUUUUGCCACAACUUUGGAAGUAUACUUGGGGUCAUUGUCCAUUUGGAAGAUGCCUUUGCGACUAAGCUUUAACUUCCUGACUGAUGUCUUGAGAUGUUGCUUCAAUAUAUCCACAUGCUUUUCCCACCUCUAUUUUGCGAUGUGCACCAGUCCCUUCUGCAGGAAAACACCCACACAACAUGAUGCUGCCACUCUUGUGGUUCACGGUUGGGAUGGUGUUCUUCAGCUUGCAAGCCUCCCCCUUUUUCCUCCAAACCAACAAUGAUCAUUAUGGCCAAUCGUUUCUAUUUUUGUUUCAUUCUCCAAAAAGUACCAUCUUUGUCCCCAUGUGCAGUUGCAAACCAUAUUCUGGCUUUUUAUGGCAGUUUUGGAGCAGUGGCUUCUUCCUUGCUGAGCGGCCUUUCAGGUUAUGUCGAUAUAGGACUCGUUUUACUGUGGAUAUAGAUACUUUUGUACCUGUUUCCUCCAGCAUCUUCACAAGAUCCUGUUGUUCUGGGAUUGAUUGGCACUUUUCGCACCAAAGUACGUUCAUCUCCAGGAGACCGAACGCAUCUCCUUCCCGAGUGGUAUGACGGCUGUGUGGUCCCAUGGUGUUUAUACUUGCAUACUAUUGUUUGUACAGAUGAACGUGGUACCUUCAGGCCUUUGGAAAUUGCUCCCAAGGAUGAACCAGACUUGUGGAGGUCUACAAUUUAUUUUCUGAUGUCUUGGCUGAUUUCUUUUGAUUUUCCCAUGAUGUCAAGCAAAGAGGCACUGUGUUUGAAGGUAGGCCUUGAAAUACAUCCACAGGUACACCUCCAAUUGACUCAAAUGAUAUCAAUUAGCCUAUUAGAAGCUUCUAAAGCCAUGACAUCAUUUUCUGGAAUGUUCCAAGCUUCUGACUCACUGGAUUUGUGAUACAGUGAAUUAUAAGUGAAAUAAUCUGUCUGUAAACAAUUGUUGGAAAAAUGACUUGUAUCAUGCACAAAGUAGAUGUCCUAACUGACUUGCCAAAACUACAGUUUAUUAAAAAGACAUUUGUGGAGUGGUUGAAAAACGAGUUUUAAUGACUCCAACCUAAGUGCAUGUAAACUUCAACUAUAUAUAUAUGUAUAUAUAUAUAUAUAUAUAUAUAUAUAUGUCAUUUAAAAUGACCUUAUUUUUUGAAGAAAAUCCUUUUUUUUGUCCGUUUAAAAUAACAUCAAAUUGAUCAGAAAUGCAGUGGAGACAGUGUUAAUGUUGUAAAUGACUAUUGUAGCUGGAAACGGCAGAUUUUUAAUGGAAUAUCUAAAUAGGUGUACAGAGGCCCAUUAUCAGCAACCAUCACUCCUGUGUUCCAAUGGCACGUUGUGUUAGCUAAUCCAAGUUUAUAAUUUUAAAAGGCUAAUUGAUCAUUAGAAAACCCUUAUGAAAUUAUGUUAACACAGCUGAAAACUGUUGUGCUGAUUUAAAGAAGAAAUACAACUGAGCAAGAGGACAAGUACAUAAGAAUGUCGAGGUUGUGAAACAGACGCCUCACACGUCCUCAAAUGGCAGCUUCAUUAAAUAGUACCCGCAAAACAUUGUCAACAGUGAAGAGGCAACUCUAGGAGGCUGGCCUUCUUGGCAGAGUUGCAAAGAAAAAGCCAUAUCUCAGACUGGCCAAUAAAAAAAGAAGGUUAAGAUGGGCAACAGAUCACAGACACUGGACCGAGGAACUCUGCCUAGAAGACCAGUAUCCCGGAGUCGCCUCUUCACUGUUGACGUUGAGACUGGUGUUUUUAAAAAACAAGGACAUUUUUGAGUGACCCCAAACUUUUGAACGGUAGUGUAUGUAUGUAUGUAUGUAUGUACGUACGUACGUACACACACAUACACACACACACACACUGAGUGAAAAAAAACAUUAGGAACACCUUCCUAAUAUGGAGUUGCACCAUUUUGCCCUCAACAGCCUCAUUACGUUGGGGACUCUACAAGGUGUCAAGUUUUCUCCAAUGCUUCCUACAGUUGUGUCAAGUUGGCUGGAUGUACUUUGGGUGGUGGACCAUUCUUGAUACACACGGGAAACUUGCGUGUGAAAAACCCAGCAGUGUUGCAGUUCUUGCCUCACUCAAACUGGUGUGCCUGGCUCCUACUACUGUAACCUUUUGAAAGGCACUUAAAUCUUUUGUCUUCCCAUUCCACUUCUGAAUGGCACGCAUACACAAGACAUGUCUCAAUUGUUGCAAGGCUUAGAAAUCCUUUUUUAACGUGUCUCCUAAACCUUCAUCUACACUGGUUUGAAGUGGAUUUAACAUCACAUUAAUAAGGGACCAUAGCUUUCACCGGGAUUCACCUGGUCAGUCUGUCAUGGAAAGAGCAGGUGUUCUCUUUCCACGAGGAAUGAUUGUUUUGGGUUAAAAACCACUCCAGGCCACUCUUGAACAUCUAAAAAUAACUGCCUUUUUUCUGACCGGCAAAUGUGCUUUUGACGAACACAUCGGUCAGAAAAGAAAUCUUUGCGGCUCAACGUUUAAUUUUGAAAAGCUGAUGUGGCCCUCGAGCCAAAAUGAUAGGCCACCCCUGGUGUACACAAUGGUCAUGUUUUUCUCAUUUUGUUAAUGAUUUUCUUUUGUUGCAGCGCACCGUUUAUGCAUUAUACAGAACAAUUUUUUAAAUCAAAGUGUUUCAUACUUUUGUGCAGUACUGAAUGCACGUAUUUACAUGUACCAUUUUGAUUGAAAAGUGUCAAUCUGCCUCACUGUUUGUUUUUGACUAUUUAGCCUCAAACCUCUGAAGAUUUAUGCCAAUAGAGCAGUAGCUUGUUUUCUGUGCAGGUGUUUUAUAUUGUAUUUAUUUAAGUGCUGCUAUUUCAUUUUGAUACUUGUACACAGGUACUUUCUCCUUUCUGUACACAGGUACUUUCUCCUUUCCAUAGAACAGUUGUUUUUACUCCACUUCAAUUUCUAAAUAUCUAUAAAAAUCGAUUUCCACUGUUUGACAAUUUGUUUUAUAUUACUGUACUUUCCCAGGUUUAUCAAGCCAGUGUGAGUUGGCACCAGUGACCGUUUGCUAGAGGAAGCAUCAUGAGACUGAUUUAAAGUCUACUGUCAAUCAGUCUCUAUAUACUAGGCUGUUUUUAAUUGUAUUUAUUUUUUACAAGGGAUUCUCACACCUAUAGAUGCAGGUUUUAAAGACAUGCUCCUGAACUUUGCCGACUAGUAAGUCUUUUUUAAACCUCACACUUUCGACUGAAUGUGUCAAUGCCGUUCAUACAUGCAUAAUCUAUGAACAGAAUUACUGUUCCACGAAAUCGCUAGUUUGAAAGUGACUGUUUACUGGAAACUGUAGGCUCUGCCAUUUCCCCCCCACGUGGGCUUGCCCCCUAGCAAUUUGAGCUUCAGCCCCUCGCAAUCAAAUUGUAUUUGUCACGUGCGCCGAAUACAAUGGUUGUAGACUUAACCGUAUAAUGCUUGAGUGACAGCUAGCAAGAUGUACACAUAAGAGAGAGAGAGCAAUGAUGUGGUGCACAUAUCUGAUGUGGUAUGCAGUUUUCGGGGACCAGUUUUAUCUUAUGAGCACUACUUUCAGAGCUACUGGCUAAAAAGUAUACAAAAGUACUGAAGAAUCUCUUUAACCAGACACAGUAUAGUAUGUGUAUAUGGUAUAAUAAUAACCUGCAUACACAAGUAAAGCCACUACUUACUACUGGUGUAAUAUAAGGAAUGUAGUUAGUUACCUGUCAGACACUGACGUACAGUUCCCCAGUUUGUAUUUAACUCAUGUUAAUUACAGGAAAUAACAAAAGUAUGGCUACUGGGGGGUCCUAAUGUGUAUAUAAAUCUACUUUUUUUGUAUGAGGACAGGCCUAACUACCAACCAUGUCUUCCCUGUGCAGUUGGGAAAUAUUUUAGUACUAGUAUGUCAUUGGUUCAACUGUAUAUACUGUAUAGAGAACUGUUUGUGACUUGAGUUAUAAAAAUUAAUUCUAAAUACUGAACUCUAUUUUUGGUCAUGUUUCCACGAUCGUCUUAAUUUAUCUUUUUGGUCAUGUUUAUAAGCAUUGUGUGCAAUAUGUAAACAAAAACAUUUGUGAAAUAUGUUUAAAGUAUGUCAUAUGUUGGAUUAUCUAUUCACGGUUUUUACAUUCUGAAAUAAAGACCUUAAACAUCAA